CAGCCAUAUGCCAUUUGUCUACAACAAGACUGGGACAGAAGUCAAGCGCAUGGACUGCACAGCCAAGAAAUUUCAGCUACUGCUGCUCAUAGCGCUGCUGGCGCGUGAAGCGGGGGGCGUGGCCACCUGUUGUGCGCGAGGGUCCAGGUCGUGUAAACUCUACGAGCUGUUAUGCCGCGCGGCAAAUUUCAGCCGUUUAAACAACGACGCCGCUGCCGGGAUUCUUACACUCGGUAAACGCAAGGUGGGCGAGAGACGCGUCCAAGCCCGCCUGCAGCAGCUCCUGCAUGGUUCGCGGAAUCAAGCGGCGGGAAUCCUGACUAUGGGAAAGAGGUUCGGGGACGACGAGCACAGGUCGCUCUUGCACGCCGGAGUGACGGCGAGCACGCCCGUGAGCCUCGGCCUGGAGCGCCCUCUGAAAUAUCUGAUCCCCACGGUACGAGAAGACACAGUUUAUGUGGACGCAAAUGAGAAGCGAUGA